CACAUUUUUUAUGUCAAAAAAACUAACAUCACAUUUUCUCUUCCAAUAGACCUAAAUCUUCCUACCAAGAGUCUCACUUCUCAGUUUCCCGCCCCCCGACUUCCUCUGCCUUCGGGGAGUCAUCUGUCGAGGUUGACCGCCGUCACAAACCACACGUUAGCACCCUAGACCGCAUUGAACGCGAGUAUCGCGCUCGUUCCCAACCUAGCUACAAGAAAGAGGAGAUCAACGUUGCCGGUUCCACCGUCGACCCUCCCAGACCCAGCUCCCACUUUGCCGAGCAAGCCCACGUCACAGAGUCUACUGUCGACCCCCCUAGGAUCCUCCCUUCUACCAGCUUCACCGAGUCGGUUCACGUCUCCGAGUCAACAGUUGACCCGCCCAAACCUAGUCCUUCAACGUACAUUAAGGACGACAAAGCUGCCGAGGAGACCAAAGAGUAUCCUCGACACCGCCACACCCCAGCUUCUCAGAAGUCUAGAAUGGGAUAUUACGACGAAGAGGGACACUAUCACUCUUUCCGCCACAGUCUACACAAAAUGGCCGACCGCGUCUUCCAUCCCGAGGGCGAGCGCAUCGAGAUCGUUCGCGAGUCUCACAAGCAUGCCUCCCCUAAGUCCAACGGAGCUCCCUCCGUCCCCAACACUGUCACCAUCCCGUGCCACCACGUCCGCAUGGGUGACAUCCUGAUGCUCCAGGGCCGUCCCUGCCAAGUCAUCCGCAUCUCUACCUCGUCGGCCACCGGCCAGCACCGUUACCUCGGUGUCGACCUCUUCACCAAGCAGCUGCACGAGGAGUCGUCCUUCAUCUCCAACCCGGCCCCCAGCGUGGUGGUCCAGACCAUGCUCGGCCCUGUCUUCAAGCAGUACCGCGUCCUGGACAUCCACGACGGCAGCAUCGUCGCCAUGACCGAGACCGGCGACGUCAAGACCAACCUGCCCGUCAUCGACCAGUCCAACCUCUGGACCCGCCUGACCCAGGCCUUCAACGCCGGCCACGGCAGCGUCCGCGUCCUCGUCCUCAACGAUGGCGGCCGCGAGCUCGUCGUCGACAUGAAGGUCAUCCACGCCUCCAACCUGUAAAGAUAUUUUAGAGUGUGUUAAAUGAUGAUUUAAUGGUUAUUAUUCCGCUCUAAGAGAUACGCGUGUGUGUGUGUGUGUGGGAUUUUGGAAAGACACUUUUGUGUUUGUGUCGGACAAAAGGUG